AUUUAACCUAGGCCAACAAAACAAACGAGUGCAAAGCAGUUAAACUGUUGCGAAGGGGUUUAUCAUCUCUUCCUCACCAAAACCCUAGCCCACUCUUACCACCUUUUUCUUCCAGCAGAAUCAGUUGCGUAAAAAGUUCACUAUUUCUUUGAUUUUCUUAAUUCGGAUCAAAUGGAAGCAUGUUUGGAUGAUUUGGUUGAAUCUGGAACCUUGAAUGGUGGACAGGAUUUAUUGAGUGACAGAGGUGGGGGUGAUAGCAAUGCAAUCAUCUUGCCAAAAAAGAAAAGAAAUAAAAAGAAAGACAAGAGUCAGGUGCAUGAACAGCUUAAGACAAAGAAUAUUCCAAAGUUGACUAAAUCCCAAAAAAGAAGGCUGAAGAAGAUAGAGGAGGAGAAGGAGAAAGCAAUUCUCUUAUCGAAAAGCAUUGAGACCUUGGAGAAAUACAAAAUUCCAGAGGAUGCAUACUCAGUGAUGUGGUCUUCACGAAAUAUUGGUCAGGUUGAAACUAUGCAUGAAAAACGUAGAAGAGCAGCACAGUUUUCGAAGUUGGGUUUAGCAGUGCCUCUGGGUGAUCAGCCUUUCAAGGGUGGUGUCAGUCCUUUGUGUGGAAAUGAGCCCGAUUCUGGCCUAAUCCAACCCAGGCAAGGCCUUGAUGAUAAUUACUUUCUGCAACCGGUUAUGGCAGAGAGAGAAGUCAUUCCUACUUCUUUGGGAUCUUCCAAAGAUUCAGUUUGUAGCAGUAGAUUUAGUGCAAUUGGUGAAUCUGGUGCAACCUUGGCAGUUGUGGAAGUUGCCAAAGAGAAUAAUGACACAAACAUGCAAGAAGAUGCCCAAGAUUCUUUGCCCACAUCAUCCAACUGUGAUAGAAGAAAAAUUAGCAGGUCAAUGCAUUGGGCUGAUGGGAACCCAGAAAUGCAUAUCAGCAAUACGAGCAACCCAGCAGAUUGUCCUCUGCAGAGAGUUCCAACUGCUUCAGUUGUGGUUCAUGUAUCAAGACCAAAAGAGAUUGAAAACAAAAGGAAGGAUCUUCCAAUAGUCAUGAUGGAGCAGGAGAUAAUGGAAGCUAUAAAUGAAAACAUUACUGUUAUUAUUUGUGGGGAGACUGGUUGUGGUAAGACCACUCAAGUUCCACAGUUUCUUUAUGAAGCAGGCUUUGGUUCAGACCAAUCUAGUGUUUCGAGUGGCAUUAUUGGUGUUACCCAACCACGCCGUGUUGCUGUCCUUGCAACUGCCAAGCGGGUGGCAUUUGAGCUUGGUUUUCGUCUAGGCAAGGAGGUUGGCUUUCAAGUUAGGCAUGACCGGAGGAUUGGAGACCGUUGCUCCAUCAAGUUUAUGACUGAUGGAAUUUUGUUACGAGAAGUGCAGAGUGAUUUCUUAUUGAAGAAGUACUCCAUCAUAAUUUUGGAUGAGGCUCAUGAGAGGAGCUUGAACACUGACAUACUUAUUGGAAUGCUUUCUCGCGUUAUACAACAGCGCCAGAUAAUCUAUGAGGAGCAGCAGCGUAAGGUCCUUUCAGGAGAAAGAAUAAGCCCUGAAAGGAAGAUCUCUCCAUUAAAACUGGUGCUUAUGAGUGCCACCUUACGAGUUGAAGACUUCGUUUCCGGAAGGAGGAUAUUUUGUGAUCCCCCACCUGUGAUUGAAAUUCCAACUAGACAGUAUCCUGUAACUAUACACUUCUCAAAGCGAACAGAGAUUGUGGACUAUAUUGGCCAAGCCUUUAAGAAGGUCUUGUCAAUUCACAAGAGAUUGCCACCUGGUGGCGUACUUGUAUUUGUCACCGGUCAGAGAGAAGUAGAGUACUUGUGCCAGAAGCUGCGUAAAGCUUCAAAGGAAAUAGUUGAGAAUAGUUUUAAAAGAAAUAUGGGAAACGAGGUUUCUACAGCCUCUGUAGGGAAUGCUGCUGAGGAAUAUGAUAUGAAGGAGAUCAAUGAAGCAUUUGAAAUGCAUGGAAACUCACGCCAUGAUGAAACUGACAGGUUUAGUUCUUAUGAUGAAGACCAUGGUGAUUUAGAUGAUAAUGAAUCAGAUUUUUCUGAUGAUUUGGGGACAGAUAGUGAUCUGGAAAGUGUUGACGACGAUAGGGGUUUAUUGAACCAGAAAACCAAUGUUGAUGAUAAUCUUGCAGAAAUAUUUAGAGAGGACGGGGACCUUGAUUCAUUGAAGGCUGCUUUUGAAGUUUUGGCUGGAAAAACUACCUUGAAUCCUGAUUUUCAUGAGAAACAGGUUGUUCCUUCUUCGGAAGGAAGCUCAAACCAAUCAAUUCCUGGUUUGGAGGAGAAAAGGCAUGGAGUGAAUGGUCUUUGUGCUGGUGCAAUGUGUGUUCUGCCCCUUUAUGCCAUGCUUCCUGCAUCAGCACAGCUUCGUGUGUUUGAAGAAAUUAAGGAAGGAGAUCGCCUAGUUGUUGUUGCCACUAAUGUGGCUGAAACCUCAUUAACCAUCCCAGGUAUAAAGUAUGUGGUUGACACUGGAAGAGAAAAGGUUAAGAACUAUAACUCGUCCAAUGGCAUGGAAACAUAUGAAGUCCAGUGGAUAAGCAAAGCAUCUGCUGCUCAACGUGCAGGAAGAGCUGGAAGAACAGGGCCUGGCCACUGUUAUCGCCUCUACUCUUCUGCAGUGUUUAAUAACAUUUUUCCUGACUUCUCAAGUGCUGAGAUAUCAAAAAUACCUGUUGAUGGUGUCCUCCUCCUCAUGAAAUCUAUGGGCAUUGAUAAGGUUUCAAAUUUCCCAUUUCCUACUCCUCCUGAAGUUACUGCAUUGUUUGAAGCGGAGCGUUGCUUAAAGGCUCUUGAAGCACUUGAUAGUAAAGGGAGAUUGACAUCCCUGGGGAAGGCUAUGGCACAGUAUCCCAUGAGCCCUCGCCACUCUCGGAUGCUGCUGACAGUAAUACAAAUAAUGGGAAAGGUGAAAAUUUAUGGGCGGGCAAAUCUUGUUCUAGGAUAUGCAUUGGCAGCAGCUGCAGCCUUGAGUUUGUCAAAUCCUUUUGUAAUGCAGUUUGAGGGAAGCCACACAGAUACAGAUGGCUUGAAGAGGGACGAAUCUGGCUCCAUAGAUAGCAAGAAAAGCACUGACAAGGAAGCAAAGUUGAGGAAGAAAAAGCUUAAAGAAUCUGCUAAAGUGUCCCGUGCAAAAUUUUCUAAUCUCAGCAGUGAUGCUUUGACUAUAGCUUAUGCCUUGCAGUGCUUUGAACUUUCUGGAAAUUCAGUUGAAUUCUGCGAUGUCAAUGCACUACAUCUGAAAACCAUGGAGGAAAUGUCCAAGCUGAGAAAGCAGCUACUUCAACUAGUGUUUAACCAAAGUUUUUGUGGUCUUCAACAGGAAUUUUCAUGGACUCAUGGUACUGUGGAGGAUGUAGAACGUGCUUGGAGGGUUUCGUCUGAUAAGUAUCCUCUGCUAUUGAAUGAAGAGGAGCUCUUGGGCCAAGCUAUAUGUGCCGGUUGGGCUGAUAGGGUUGCGAAACGUGUCAGACAAGUGUCGGCAUCAGAGGGAGACAUAAAAGUUUGUGCAAGUCGCUAUCAGGCUUGCAUGGUUAAAGAACCUGUUUUCCUCCAUCGGUGGUCCUCUGUCGCCAGGUCUGCCCCUGAAUUUUUGGUGUACAGUGAACUGCUAUAUACAAAACGACCAUAUAUACACGGUGCAACAAGUGUAAAGUCUGAUUGGCUUGUUAAAUAUGCCGGGUCUCUCUGCACUUUCUCUGCCCCCCUUGCAGAUCCCAAGCCUUAUUAUGAUCCUCUAACAGACCAAGUUUUCUGUUGGGUCAUUCCAACUUUUGGCCCUCAUUUAUGGCAGUUCCCAUUGCAUGGUAUUCCAAUUAAAGAUGAUGUGCAUAGAGUGGCUGUGUUUGCCUUUUCUUUGCUUGAAGGUCAUGUUUUGCCAUGCUUAAGAUCUGUCAGGAAGUUCAUGGCAGCCUCACCGGGUAGCAUUUUGAGGCCAGAGGCAUCAGGUCAUAGAAGGGUUGGGAAUCUUCUAGACAAGUUAAAGACCAGGUUGAGAAUUAUUGACAGCUGCACCACUUUAAGAGAGGCUUGGAAUGAGAACCCCAGAGAAUUGCAUGCAGAAAUUCUGGACUGGUUUCAGGAGGGUUUUAGUGGUCAAUUUGAAGAGCUUUGGUUGGAAAUGCACCGUGAAGUUCUUUUAGAUCCCAAAGAACGUUUUCCCAAAAGGGUCAAGAGAGAUAAAAAGGAGAAAUACAGGAUUUGAACUUACAUUUGUGAACUUUCUUCCUGGCAUGCAUCAUCCCAAUGGCUCUCGACAAACUCCAGAAAAGAAACACGCUCCAGAAAUUUAUGGGGCCAUCGACUAUAUUUUUUAUUCCAUUGCAGAAUGCUGUAUGGUAAUAUUUCAAUCCAAUUUGUCUUAUUUCAUUUAAAUAGUCUUGUUUGUUUUGAUAGAAAUUAUUGUUUAUAAAUGCAGAAUUACAUAAAUUGUAACAUCUGGUCAGCUUACAAUUGUUGAGUUGUCAAAUACAUUUCAUGGCCAACCUUUUCUACAUAUAAGAAUGGAUAGAACUUGAGGAAUUUUGGUGAGAAUUUUGGGAA